UUGGCGGGGCCGUCGCCUUCCACCUCGAAGAAGCUCAAUCAAUGGACCUUUGUUGGGCAGAAUGAUCUGGAGACUGGGUCCUUUGAGGGUGAGCCAGAGCUCAGAAUUUCGACUCAAUUUAAAGAACGGCUCUGCAUCCCGUGGAAGAAGACGCUGGUAAUCCGCCUGCUGGGGCGCUCGGUGUCCUAUACCUACUUGUGCUCUCAAAUCCGAUGGAAAUGGCGACCAAAGGGAUCUAUGGACAUCAUGGACUUAAACAACAACUCCUUUCUGGUGACCUUCAGUGAAGACCAAGAUUAUCUCAAUGCUCUUACAGGCGGACCGUGGGUAAUCCUUGACCAUUACCUGGUUGUGCAUCAAUGGUCACCCUCGUUCCGCACUUCUGACAAGCCCCACAAAUCUGUUGUAGCAUGGGUCCAGCUUCCAGAGUUGCCCGUCCAUUUUUAUCAUCGUGAAGUUCUAUUCGCCCUGGGCAAUCUAUUGGGGCGUACAGUUAAACUCGACUACCAUACUGAACAGUUGGAACGUGGGAAAUUUGCCCGGCUUGCAGUUGAGUUAGACAUGUCGAAACCCCUCGCGACUCGCAUCCGUCUCGAUGGAUUCUGGCAGCCGGUUCUCUAUGAAAACCUACCGGAUAUUUGUUUCCACUGCUGUAGAAUUGGCCACCUGGAGCAGAGUUGCCCCUAUCUCCCCGGAAGCCUCCUCCCCGUUGGAACCACCACGGCCAACAACGUCGAAGUGUCCCAACCGCCGCCUUCCUCGCCGGAGCCCCCCGCCGGCUAUGGCCCUUGGAUGCAGGUGACGCGGAAAGGAAGGAAACCUAAUAGGAAAGUGGCGCAAAAUCCGAAUCCGACCGUUGCACCGUCUUCUAACAAAGGAGGAUCUUCCGGGCAGCCCAUCCCGACAGUAUCGGCUAAAUCCGCUGGCGAGCCAAGCAAAGGGAUGACCGUUAAGCCUGGAAAAGGAAAGAAUCAGCAGAGGACUGAAACUAAGAAAGGUAACUCUGUUCCUAGUCCAGGGAAAGUGACUGAAGACAAUGGAAAGUCAGACUUGGCCUCCAAGAAGUCGACUGUGGGCCAGGAAUGGAGAGCUAUUGGGCCGCUCAGCAUUUCGGAUGCCUCCAAGGCCCAGUCUAACCCCCCCACUCCUCUGAUUGCGGCCCAUCUGAACCAGCCCGGUAUGGAUGACAAGAAGAAACUUCUACCCAUUUCUGCCUCUCUGGGCAACCCUUCCUCCCCGACCAACUCUGCUUCUCCCCAGACGGUAGACAUGAGAGAAAAUGUUGAACCAAACCCUUCGAUAUCAAUUCGCCAGAGAACCAACAUGAAGAAGGCAGCCAGGCAACCCCUGAAGGAUGUCACGCCCGGAAUUGUCAACCUGUCUGUCAACAAGAGGAAAUCCUCUCCUGGAACUGUCGUGAAAUAG